GGAGACGGCUGUGAGCUAUUCAUGGAGCAUUCCUUCAUAUCUGAAGAUGGAAGACAAGUAUUUGUCUUGACGUCGGACACUCUAUCCGUUGAAAAAGUAACUGAGUCUGUGUCUGCGUCGGAAUCGGGCGCCAUCGCCUCUUUUUGUGGUAUCACCCGAAAAUACAACCAUGGAAAGGAAGUAAAGUUUCUAGAAUAUGAGUCAUAUUUUGCAAUGGCUCUUUCUGAGUUGAGAAAGCUUGCUGAAGAGAUACGCUCUCACUGGAAAGUUGAAGGGAUCUCGAUAUGGCAUCGGCUUGGAAGAGUAGGUGUUGGAGAAAUAAGUGUGGUAAUAGCAGUUUCCUCUGUCCAUAGGAAAGAAGCUUUGGAAGCUUGCCAUUUUGCCAUAGACCAGUUGAAAGCAAGAUGAACCUGAAUGGCGCCAAAACUC